GUAAUUUCAAACGUAUUUAUCAGAAUCAUUUAAACAACAAAUAGGAGUAAUAUAAUUUUGAAAUGCUGAGAACUUUAAGUACAAAGUACCACCAGUUGCCAAUCUUAAACAGAAGGCAUCCUACUUUAGUCAAUGGCAAUAUUAGUUGCAUUCAUCUUCAAAGCAAGUUGUUAUACAAAACAAACUAUGAGCGAAGUUUAAAAGACACGUCCGCUUAUUGGGCUGAAGCUGCAGAAAAUCUUGUGUGGACCAAAAAAUGGGACAAAGUUAUUGACAAUUCAAAUUCUCCGUUCACUAAAUGGUUUACAGGUGGUGAAAUAAGCCAUUGCUACAACUGCAUAGAUCGUCAUGUGGAUGAAGGUAAUGGAGACAGGGUGGCUAUAAUACAUGACAGUCCAGUCACUGACACAAUUCAAAAUUUUACCUACAAUGAAUUACUAAAGCAGGUAUCCUGCCUUGCUGGUUGUUUGUCUGACAUGGGGGUAAAGAAAGGAGACAGAGUUCUUAUCUACAUGCCAAUGAUACCCCAGGCAGUAGUAGCAAUGCAAGCAACCAUUAGACUUGGUGGAAUUCAUGUUGUUGUGUUUGGUGGAUUCGCUGCAAAAGAACUCUCAGUUAGAAUUGAUAACUGCACACCUAAAGCUAUUAUAUCUGCAAGCUGUGGAGUUGAACCAUCCAGGGUUGUUCGUUACAAACCAAUCCUAAAUGAAGCAUUAGCCAUGGCUUCCCAUAAACCGCUCAAAACAAUUAUUUAUCAACGACCAAACAUGGAACCAGCAGAGUUAGGUGAAAAUGAUUUAGAUUGGGAUGAACUGAUGAACAAAGGUCGAUCACAUGACUGUGUUCCUGUCCCCUCAAACCACCCCCUAUACCUCCUAUACACAUCUGGUACCACAGGACUCCCAAAAGCUGUGGUUCGGCCAACAGCAGGACAUUCAGUUCGUCUGCAUUGGAGUAUGAAGGCAAUUUAUGGUGUUGACCCUGGAGAGGUAUUUUGGUCAGCAUCUGACCUUGGUUGGAUUGUAGGCCACUCAUAUAUUUGCCAUGCUCCACUAGUACAUGGCAACGCCACUUUAAUGUUCGAGGGAAAACCGGUAGGUACACCCGAUGCAACAACUUUCUUUCGAAUUAUUCAAGAUCACAACGUUGCUGCGUUGUUUGUUGCCCCGACGGCCCUCCGUGCGAUUAAACGCGAAGACCCUGAUGCACUUCUUGGCAAACAGUUUGAUUUGACGAGCAUGCGUAACUUAUUUGUGGCUGGUGAACAUUGCGACGUGGACACUCUUCGUUGGUCCAAAGAUGCUUUUCAAUCACCCGUGUUAGAUCACUGGUGGCAAACAGAAACAGGAAGUGCUAUAACAGCAUCCUGUGUUGGAUUGGGCAACCGGCUUGACCCCCCAGAAAGCUCAACAGGGUUACCAGUACCAGGCUGGGAUUUAAGAGUUGUUGAUGAUGAUGGAAACGAAGUUGAACGAGGAACCCUCGGAAAUAUCGUCGCAAAACUUCCACUACCGCUUGGAACGUUCCAAACACUUUGGAAUAACGAUGAGAGGUUUAGGAAUACUUACUUCACUAAAUAUGAGGGGUACUAUGAUACCAUGGAUGCUGGUGUACAGGAUGAAGAUGGUUAUAUUUCUGUGAUGUCACGAACUGAUGAUGUCAUCAAUGUUGCGGGUCAUCGACUGUCUUGUGGUCAUAUUGAAGAGGUGAUAAAUUCACAUGAACAAGUGGUGGAAUGUGCUGUUGUAGCAAAAGAUGACAAACUUAAAGGUUCCAUACCGUUCGCUUAUAUCGUCAUUAAAUCUGACUGCCGUGAUCCGCAAUCUGUUUUACCAAGUAUUAUCAAGUUAGUACGCGAUGAAAUUGGUCCAGUUGCUGCUUUUAAACAUGCUGUGUUCGUAAAUCGACUUCCAAAAACUCGAUCAGGAAAAACACCAAGAAACACAUUACAAGCUAUAUGCAAUAAAAAACCAUACAAAGUAUCGCCCACUAUUGAAGAUUCAACUGUUUAUCCGGAACUUGAAAAAUCUGUGUCAGAAUAUUCCCCAUGAUAUCAUGUCAAGUUUAGGCAAUUCUUUUUAUUUUAACUUGGGUGUUUUAACUUGUAUAUCACUAGCAGUGUUUAAGUGCCUUGUAAUUUUAAUAAUAGUACAUGCGCUUAUGCAAAAAAUUUUGUUAUUCAACUUUAAUCAUGAAUUUUAAUUUUAAUUUGCUGCCUUGUUAUCAUUUUUUUUUUAUUUGCCGAGAUCAAAUUUUUAAAGGUUGUUGUGUCAAUAUUUUUUUACGGGUUUGUAUCUUACGCAAUGUGCAUUCCCUCCUUUUAUUGCUAUGCUUUUUGUUUUUAUUGCAAAAUCAUUCGAUACAAUAAAAUCACCAAUCAGGGA